GGCCGGCUGUCCCGCAGCAGCUAGCGGAGCGGACGGCAGCCCACUAGCCCUGCCGCUGAGCGGGACCUGGUGCGGCAGGAGCGGGGACAGCGGCACCGUGAGCGUGGGCAGAGGAGUGCAGUGGCACCUGGAGGACAUGGAGGAAAGACCCGCGGAGACCAACGCCAAUGUGGACAACUCGGCGUCCCCCUCGGUGGCCCAGCUGGCCGGGCGGUUCAGGGAGCAGGCAGCCGCGGCGAAGGAGAAAUCACCACCCAACACAAGCCACCUUCCCAAGGUGAAGGUGAAGAGCUCUCCUCUGAUCGAGAAGCUUCAGGCCAACCUAGCCUUCGACCCCGCCGCCCUGCUGCCUGGGGCCUCACCCAAGAGCCCUGGCCUCAAGGGCGCAGUGUCACCAUUUCACAGCCCACCUUCCACGCCCAGCAGCCCCGGCGUGCGGUCUCGGGCCAGCGAGCCAGAGGAGGUGCCCAUCAGCUUCGACCAGCCUCCAGAGGGCAGCCACCUGCCCUGUUACAACAAGGUGCGCACCAGGGGCUCCAUAAAGCGGCGCCCCCCGUCGCGGCGGUUCCGCAAGUCGCAGUCGGAGUUCGGGGAGCUGGGCGAUUUCCGGGCGCCGGAGCCGGCCCAGGAGAACGGGGCCCGGGAGGAGGCCGGGGACCAGGCGCUCCCGCCCCAGAGCCCGGCCCCGGGCUCCCCUCCGCCCGGCGAGGAGGCGGGACGGGGCGCCAGCCGGACCCCGGGGUCCCCCGAGGGGCCCCCUCUGAGGAGGACGCCCAGCAGGACGGACCCGCAGGAGGGGGAGGCCCGGGCCCCCGAGGAGGCCGCGCCCCCGGCCCCGGGCGCCGAGGAGAGCGGGUGCGGGGGCCCCGCGGAGGCCGGGCCGGCGGCGGAGCAGAGGGAGGAGGCCGGGGAGCCCGCACAGCAGGGCCCGGACACGCAGCGGCCGGAGGCGGGGGCUGGGGGGCAGGGGAGCCCCCGGAGCCCCCCUGGCGGCGCGGAGGGCAGCCUCGCCCCCGCAGAGGGCAGCGGCGAGGAGGAGCACCAGGAGGGGGCUGCCCAGGAGCCCGGCUGCACCCCCAGGACCAGCCGCGAGGGCCCCGAUUCCGAGGACAACACUCCUGUCCAGGACACGAGGAUGUAAAGAGGAAGCCCUGUGCUGGGCAGCGAAGGGGCUAGAGACAGCUCCUCCAAAGUAGCAGCCGCAAUGGUAGCAGCAAAUGAGACGUCAGCAGCGGACUGCGGGCAGGAGUCCACCUGAAGACACGGGUCGUGCUUCCUGGCCUCCACCCCUGCCCGGCAGAGACUGGGGCUGAGGGCAGCAGAUUUUAUCAGCUUGCGUUUGUGUUAUUUGAUGGACUUGGUUUAGAAAACAAAAACAAAACACUUAUUUAAAACAAUUUGCAAGAGUGACUACUCCCUGGGGAUACUGGUCAACCCCUGGGUCCAGACACUGUCCACUCGCACCCACCCCUGCGCUGACCUCGGGACGGACUCUGACUGAGCUGAUCGGGUUGUGUGUAAAGUGCUAGCCUUUUACUGCCCGAAAGUUUUUACCUGCUCUAAUGUAAGCAAAACCCAAUUUCAGGUGGCCAGAAACGAAAAAGAAAAUAGUAUUGCUGAAAAUGUGAAUCCUGCGACAAAAAGACCUUAAAUUGUGCCAAGACCCCGAGACAGCCUUCCAGCAGGGCCCAGAUGUGAACUAGCCAGUCAGCUCUUAAAACACUGGACUAGGGUCCUAGCUUGUUUGGCUCAGUAGAUAAAGGUCCCGGUUUCAAUUCCAGCUAAAGGCACAUGUCCAGGUUCUCGGCCCUCAGUGCGGGGCAUGCAAGAGGCAGCCAACCAAUGACUCUCAUCAUUGAUGUUUCUAUCUCUCUCCCUCUCCCUUCCUCUCUGAAAUCAAUAAUAUAUAUAUAUAUACACACAAAACAUAUAUAUAUAUAUAUAUAUUAAAACAAAACAAAAACAAAACACUGAACUAGGAGAGAUAAUCAUAGAAACAAAAAACAGUGCAUCUGUGCCGGCAGCAGGAGCUUUUGUGGUUUCCUAGGUGCCUUCUGUCGGGAGGAGGAAGCGGCAGGGAGCAGAUCCCGUGGACAGGCCUCCGUGGACAGGCCGAUCCAGUAGGUCUCUGGGCUCUGCUGUAGCUCCCCAUCCUGAAAGCAGACCAGUGCGGACGAUGCUUGCCCGCUGAUUCAUCCAGGGAGGCCUUGAGCCGUUCCUGGGAGAUGCCUUGAGCGCUGGGAUGUGCAAACUACAUAAUAAAAACGCCCUCCCCGGCUUCCCUGGGAAGCCCAGCUCUCCUGCUGCCUCCUGAGGGCUGGCGGGUCUUCAGUCCAUUCUCACGUAGCUCUUGCUGUCUGCUCUGUGGAGGGGACCGGAGGCUUUGCAAGGACGGGGCCUGACUCCCCACUCCUUGGCUCAGAGCCUCUCCCCCAUAAUGCACUCCUGCUGAAAGAUGUUAAUCCAAAUAAACGUUUCAUCGUUAGGCUUGGGCCUUAUGAGUUCAGUCACUCAGCAGCUGAGUCUGUUAUUUCUCUGGAGGUCUGUGAUACCACACACUCUCCUCCAACUUCAAAAAUCAUCUCCCAGGUGAAGAGGCCUUACUUCACCGCUGGUACCUCAACUUCCAUCCCAUUCACAGUUCUCCUAACUCCAGGAUAGUGUUAAUAUUUGGGAUAUUGUUUUUCAAAACUUUAAAAAUAUAAUGCAUUUUCUAAAACAUGUAACCUAGUGAGGACUGGUGCUGUAAUAAGACUUGUAUUUUAGAACUCUGCUGGAGCCAUGGAGUGUCUAUGAAAUAUCUUUGUCUCUAUCUGUCAUCCAUCAUCUACCUAUCCAGCCAUUGACAGAGAUGUAUCCCCCCUGAACAAUACAUGGUUUUAUUUA